AUCGUUUUCUAUUCUGCUAAAGUUAAAUAGCUUUCUUUGAAAUUUAAGGUUAUGUUAAUCAGCAUAUCACAGUAAUGAAGCAAGAGAUCUUCAAGGACCCCUGGGAGUUCCCGGAAUCCACUUGGAAAUAGUUUGGGGAGUUGUUUAUUCCCUUUGUAGCCACUAGAUGUCAUUCAAACAAACAGACGUAGUACAGAAGGUGCUGAUGGACUCAUUACAAGCACAGUCCGUCUUCACUUGUGACAUUUUCCACCCAGAUUACCGGUUAACACGCAUGCCAUGCUCGUGAAUAUUGAUUUAUUCCCUCUGAUCAAUUAAGACCACAUUUGGAGCCGCGGUGCCUCGAGGGAAGAAACAAUCCCCCGUUAAGAUCCGUGCGUCAUCGGGUCCCGUACUGCUUCUCCCUCGUCGUGCCUCAGACAGGAGCUGGAGGGUCAGUAGAGCCACACCGAUCACCGAUCAGCGCGCUAAUUGAAUACAUAAACCGACCAAUCCGUCGCGCCUCAACCCGGAUGACCCCCGGCGUGACGCGUCUCUCCGGUGAGGGUGAGGAGGGGGCAGAAGCCGUGGAGGAGAGGAGAGGAGAGGCGCAGAUCUGCAGGUGCUCUAGCGCUGUCGUAAAGCAGGAGAGUCUGAGAGCAUUAGAGCGAUGCCAGGGGUAACGAAGUACAAUUUAGUGGAUGACGCGCACGAUUUGAGGAUCCCCAUGCACAACGACGAGGUGUUUAAGCAUGGGGUCUGCUUCGAGGCGAAGUACAUUGGCAGUUUGGAAGUGGGUCGCCCUGGCAGCCGGAUGGAGAUAGUCGCUGCGAUGAGGAGGAUCAGAUAUGAAUUCAAACUGAAGAACAUAAAGAAAAAGAAGGUCAACAUUGUCGUUUCCACUGAUUUUGUCAAGGUUAUUUUGCGCAAAAAGAGGAAGAGAAAAGGCUGGUCGUGGGAUGACAAUACAAUCUUGGUGACACAAGAUCCCAUUUACAGGAUCUUCUAUGUCUCACAUGAUGCCCAGGACCUGAAGAUCUUCAGCUACAUAGCGAGAGAGGGACAGAGCAACAUUUUCCGUUGCAAUGUUUUCAAGUCAAAGAGAAAAUCACAGGCCAUGAGGAUCGUGCGGACAGUGGGUCAGGCAUUUGAUGUUUGUCACCAGCUAACCCUGCAGCAGAAAAGCGACGACCAGGAGGAUGAGGAGGGGAAAGCAGAGGAGUCAGAGGCAGUGCCAGCAAAGAAAAGGUUUGCAUUGUCAGAGGAGACUGACCUUGAAGCCACUACAGAGGAGAGCAUAGAGUGCGUCUCUUCAUCAGAUCCAGAGAAGAGCAAAAAAGAUGAGGCCAUUCGUAUACAUCGUAAGGUGUCCAGUGACCCAUCCCUCCUGCUGAGCUCUCCCCUCCCCGGGGCCUCUGUGUCGGGUCAGUCUGCAGCAGAAGCUCCCCUCUCUGAAGAGCACCAAGUCCAGCUCCUUAAGAAACAACUGCAGCAGCAGGAACAACAGGCACUGGCAGCUUCAGCACAGGUCCAUGUACUGCAGGAGCAGCUGUCAGUAGAGGUGUGUGCACGGACUGAAGCUCAGGCCAGAGUGCAGAGGCUCCUGCAGCAGAACACAGACCUGCUGCAGCACAUUUCCCUGCUGGUUAAACAGAUCCAGGAGCUGGAGCUCAAAUCUGCUGGACAGUUAACAUCCAUGGGCUCCCAGGACAGUCUGCUGGAGAUCACUUUCCGAUCCAAACCGCCCAGUGCAGCCUGUGACACCCUCACCUCUUCUUCAUCAUCGGGUGCUUUAGCAGCUCAGUCCCUGCUCCAGAUCAGCGACAGCACCUGGGUCUCUGGCCUCCCAGGACUCUGCUCUCCAGGGACCACAGGCACUGCCACCAGCCCUCUGGAAUUAAGCGGCAGUGGAGUUCGAUUCGAGUGUUUCCGCUUCUCCUCCCGGGGGACGGACAGCCAGGAUACGAGCCAGGACACGGGGGAGACUCCCAGCGACGGUCCCGCGGAUGAGAACUCGCUGCUUGGGGAGCAGGUCCUGGGAGCCCUGGAGCUGCUCCGGUUCAGGGAGUCGGGGAUCGGAUCAGAGUACGAAUCAAACACUGAUGAGAGUGAUGACCGGGACAGCUGGGGGCAGGGGGAGGGGGCGGGGGCUGAUGGUGCAGCUCGACUGUUUAAUGUGCUGAAUGCAGAGAUUCUGUCAGACUGCUUAGGGGAUGAGAUGGCUGUGUAGUGGUGCUAAUAAAGCUACAGAUGCAGCAUUGAAUUUAUGCACCAGCCCAAUGGGAAAGAGGUGACGUUCAUAGGACUUUAUUUCACAUGCAUUGUGACAACAAUUAGCCACAUUGUCUGCUGGUAUGAAUUAUUUGUAGCUUUUUUUUUUGACAGAGUUCUCAAUGUUAAGCUUUUAGUUUUGUUGUGCGGCUCCCUGUUCACAGCAAACAUUACUCACUUCUAUAAAGGCAGAAGAUGGUUUGAGACUUAAAAAAGAAAAAAAUAAUGUAUACGUGAGCCAACCAAUAUGAUCACAAUGUUUAAAUUAACUUGGACACAGAAUUCAAGAAAACAUAAAAAACUAAUUUUAUUCAUUUUCCUCUGUAUGGGAUUUUCCUCUUAUCCUUUAUCACAACUAGCCAGCAUACUGUAAUGCCAAAUUCUGAUAAACAAUAUAAACUAAAUAAUUAUUAUAUUAUUAACUGCCUUUUUCAGCCACUAUUAGCCACAACAAUGUUAAACAAAGCUUGCUCUUGUUUCAUAUGAAUUCAAAUAUUCCUAAAAAAGAAUAAAUUAAAUAUGAAAGCAAUGCUAACAGCUUCUUGGUGCUAGAUGCCUACGUCAACAUGCUAAGAUGCUUUGUAAUGGUUACCAUGUUCAGUUUCAUACAGUAGCUCAGUGUGUUGAUAUGCUAAUUUGACUAAUUAGCAUUAAAAGUAUGCUUGAUGGUUUAACAGAAAUUUGGUGCUAAACUAAAAGUUUGAGACAUGUAAAAAAACGUUUGACCUGAGAGCAAGUUCUCUGUAUUUCAGACGAAGAAAAAAAACAUUAUUUUAUUUUUUUUACUCAAUUGGAAAUUGCAAAUACACCCCAAAAAGAGCAGGUAUACUUAUACUAAUGUGACACAGUAUUUUUCAAACCCUGGACUGUCUGAUAGUACAAACACUUUGAGGCUCUGUCCGAUCUCUGCUGUCUGUAGGUAUGUGUGUUACAAUCUGUGUGUGUAAUGAUUGUUGUACCUUGGUGCAAUCACCACUCACUGGGCUUGUUACACUGUGCUUGUAUCUUUGUUUAUGGAUUUGUGACACAUUGGGCAUGGACAUGGUCAUUUGUUGCUGUUUUCUAUUGAAAAUCUCUGAAGUCUGGAUAUGCUUACACAUAUUUUGGAGUGUGAAAAAUAAUAGUUUAAUGUGCUUGUUAUGACAGCUGAUCUGAAAUUACACAUGGGUUUAAAAACCGACCUGUAUCUUUUUAUUUUUGUUAUCUUUUCACAUCAUUGUUUAUUGUUUGAUAAACAUUAAACAUAGA